AUGCACCUCGCACUUCCUGGUUGUGCGAGAGACAACACUCGGCCUCCGGCCGACGCCAUGAAUCGGCGAGCGACACCACCGUCAUCAAGCCACCCCCAAACAUCUGGUUCCACGCAAACUGUUCGUCGAAAUGCACCCUCUGCGGGCCAGCAGGCUGCUCCGUCUCCUCCCGACACGAUCGUCCCUGUGAACUUACUAGAAGACCCAGAAAUGCUCCUCAACGCCAUGCACAAGGAUCGUAUCCUCCUCCGCAAGGUCAUGUCUUCUGACGUUCGGAAGCACAAGGCUUUUCUGGUCCAGAAGCCGUGGGAAAGCAGCGCCGACCUCAGCAAGCUCGACGUGCAGAAGUUCAAGUUCCAGCCAAACACCGCUCUGCUCAAGAAAGAUCCCGAAACUGGCGAGAUUAGCCGUACCUUCAAGACUUACGAGCGCUCUUAUGUUGCGUAUCGCUUCACUCUGCGCCAAGCCAACGUUGAGCAUAGCAUGACCGAGACGUACCAGUACUUCGAAAUCACCCGACUCGCUGGCGACGAUGCGGUCGAUGAUGCGGACAUCGUGCCGGAGAUCUACCUCAACACCUACCUCACGGACAAUUCGGUUCCCAUCCUCGCUGACCUCGACACUGACCUUCUUUUCAGUGAGACUUGUGGAGCGAUGCUCAUUCCACCGGGCAAGACCAUCCGGCAGAUCAUGCGGACUCUCGAACCCUCGUAUCGCAGAGACGUUGAGCCGUACCACAAGUCUGGAGGUUUCGAGAUUCGCAAGAGUAUGGAGGAGUUUUGUGGUGUAGGAUCAAUGGUGCCGCUCCCCAAGGACGAAUGGAAGAAGAUAAAAGAAGAAGACAAGACGAGCGGUGACUCGCUGUGGGAGAAGUUUUGUGGCUUUGUGGAAGAUGAGGAAGAUGAGGAAGAAGAGAAUCUGGAGAAGAUGGAAUGGGAGGAGACUUUGGACCGGAAUAGAUACUACAGCGAGAACACUCGAAGCGACGCGGGGGUUGGCGUCCGGAAUACGUUGGCGGAAGUCAUGGAUUGGAAGUAG